GACCAACUUGCAUUGGCUAGCCAAAAGGCAAAGAGUCUUUAUUUAAGAAUCCCUCCAAAAAGCAGACAUGCCCAUACCUCUUAAACCUACAUAGCCUCUUUCUCCCAUACCAAUUAUCUUCUCAGAAGAGUCAGAACCAGCAAUGGCAUAUCUCCCAAUUUUCUUCCAUCUGUUUGUCCUACAUUUGUUCAUGAUCACCUUGCUGCAUUCAUCAUUUCCCACUUUUGCAGCUGCGUUCACCUUUUCCAAUGGAACUGAGACUGAUAGGCUUGCCUUGCUCGCCAUCAAAGCUCAAGUAAUCAAGGACCCCCAUGGAAUUUUGAGCUCAUGGAACGAUUCACUCCAUUGCUGCAACUGGACAGGUGUCACUUGUGGUCACCUUCAUCAACGAGUGACCUCACUGAACUUGAGCUCCUAUCAGUUGGUAGGCUCACUCUCUCCUCACAUAGGAAACCUCACCUUCCUUUCAGGCCUUAACCUUGAACUCAACCACUUCCACAAUGUGAUCCCACAAGAAAUUGGCCAUCUUUUCAGGCUCAAAUACCUCAACUUGUCCAACAAUUCGUUUUCCGGCGAAAUCCCAUCUAAUCUCUCUGCUUGUUCUAGCCUCAUCUGGCUUCGUUUGGGCUUCAACAAGUUGAUUGGAAAAAUCCCAUUUCAGCUGGGGUCAUUGCAGAAGCUUGAGAGAGUUCAACUUCACUAUAACAACCUCAGUGGACUACUUCCAAGCUCUCUAGGCAACCUUUCCUCUGUAAAAUCUCUGUCUCUGGCAGUUAACAGUUUGGAAGGAAAAAUACCAGACUCAUUGGGCCGCUUGAAGAAUUUAGAAUUUCUGGGACUUGGCCUUAAUCAACUUUCUGGUAUGGUUCCUCCCUCAGUUUACAAUCUUUCAUCUCUUGCAAAGUUUAGUUUGCCAUACAAUCAACUAGAGGGGAGUUUGCCAUCAGACUUGGGCUUCACUCUUCCUAAUUUGCUAGUGUUGAAUUUAGGCCACAAUCUAUUCACUGGACCCCUACCAACAUCAUUGUCCAAUGCCUCAAACCUUCUUGAAUUUGAUACCAAUGGAAGCAAUUUCACUGGAAAAAUUACAGUUGAUUUUGGAGGCUUAACUAGUCUGUGGUGGCUGGUUCUUGCUUCCAAUUCCCUAGGCACAGGAGAAGCUGAUGACUUGAGUUUCUUUAACUCUUUAAGUAGAUGCAGGAACCUGCAAAUUCUUGAUCUAAGUGAUAACCAAUUUGGAGGUGUCUUGCCUAAUUCCAUAUCCAACUUCUCAAACCAACUUGUGUCAUUGAGACUGGGAAGAAAUCAAUUAUCCGGAAGCAUCCCUAGUGGUAUCGAGAAUAACUUUGUUAACCUGACUGAAUUAACAAUGGAGAAAAAUAACUUCAGUGGUAGUAUUCCUGCUAUUAUUGGUAACCUUUGGAUGCUAAGGAGAUUAGAUUUAUCUGAAAAUGAGUUUUCUGGCCAGAUUCCAUCAUCACUAGCCAACAUAACUCAACUAUAUGCUCUUUAUCUUCAAAAGAACCGCUUAACGGGGACUAUUCCUUUGAGUUUUGGAAAUCUUUCAUACUUGCAAGAGCUAGACCUUUCUCAGAAUCAUCUCAAUGGAACCAUACCCAAACAACUUAUGAGUCAGUCUUCCCUAACCAUUUCCCUUAACCUUGCUCAUAAUCAAUUGACUGGUUCCCUGCCCUCAGAAGUUGGAGCCUUGAAAAAUCUAGGAAACUUGGAUCUUUCUGAGAAUAAGUUGUCAGGAGAACUUCCUAGUAGCCUUGGUAGCUGUGUGUCCUUAGAACACCUUCACUUGGAGGGUAACUUCUUUGAAGGAACCAUUCCUCCAUCUUUUAGUUCCUUGAGAGGACUUCAAGACUUGGAUCUUUCACACAACUACUUAUCUGGCCAAAUUCCAGUUUUUUUUCAGCACUUUUCCCUUGUGAACUUAAAUCUUUCUUUCAACCACUUUGAGGGUGGGGUGCCAACUGGAGGGGUUUUCAAAAAUACAUCUGCAAUUUCAGUGGCAGGAAAUCAAAAGCUUUGUGGAGGCAUACCUGAAUUAGAAUUCCCAGCUUGCAUUGCCAGUAAGCCAAAGAAAAGAAAGAUAUCUCAAGGACUCAAAUUAAUGAUCUUAUUGCUUUCUGGACUUCUGGGACUAGUUUUGGUCAUGUCUCUUCUAGUUAUCCGGCGGUUAAGGAAGAUGAAGGCGAAACCUUCUACAGAUGCUACACCAACUAAGGAAUUUCAUUUGAAGGUAUCUUAUGAAACUCUCCUUCAAGCUACUGGUGGAUUUUCCUCUGCCAACUUAAUUGGUACUGGUAGCUUUGGUUCUGUCUACAAAGGAAUUCUUGGUCCAAAUGACACUGCUGUUGCAGUAAAGGUACUCUACCUACAUCAACAAGGAGCCCUAAAAAGCUUCGUAGCUGAAUGUGAAGCCAUGAGAAACAUCCGGCACCGGAAUCUUGUUAAAAUCUUGACUACUUGCUCAAGUCUUGAUUUUCAAGGUAAUGAUUUCAAAGCUCUUAUCUAUGAGUAUAUGCCCAAUGGAAGUCUGGAGAGUUGGCUACAUCCAAUUUCAGAAGCAGGGGAUGUAGAUGGUGAUUUGAGGAUACUAAGUCUUCUCCAAAGAUUAAACAUUGCCAUUGAUGUGGCCUCUGCUCUAGAUUAUCUUCAUCAUCAUUGCCAAGAUCCAAUUGUUCAUUGUGAUCUGAAGCCUAGCAACAUCCUACUUGACAAUGAUCUGAUUGCUCAUGUGGGUGAUUUUGGAUUAGCAAGGUUCGUUCCAGAAGCUACAACUAGAUGCAAUCUAAAUCAAAGCAGCUCAGUAGGAUUGAAAGGAACAGUUGGGUAUGCUGCACCAGAGUAUGGCAUGGGAAGCAUGGUUACAACGUAUGGGGAUGUAUACAGCUUUGGGAUACUUUUGUUGGAGAUGUUCACAGGAAAGAAGCCCACCAAUGACAUGUUUAAAGACGGAGUGCAACUCCAUAAUUUUGUUAGCAAUGCAUUGCCUGAACAAAUAUCAGAAAUUUUAGAUCCAUUGUUUGUUGAAGGAGGGGGAGGAGAAGAUGAGGAAUUAACUUGUGAAGAGAAAUGUAUUGUGGGGCAGGGAAAAGAUGAGCUGAAUCAGGACUGCCUGAUUGCAAUACUCAAAAUUGGAGUUGCUUGUUCAGUGGAAUCACCUAGAGGGAGAAUGGAUGUUAGCCAUGUUGUCAAGGAAUUGAAACAAGUCAGAGACACUCUUAUUGGAUCUGCAUUGAACUAAGGCCAAUGCAGCAGGUUAACUCUGUCCCGAACAAAUUAUUGAAUUUCUCAAUUCUUUGUAAUGUGAAUCAGAAUGUCUUUUAUUUUCCAAAUGAAAUGAAAAAUACAUUCAUUUUGUUGUAGUUGAUUAGGCAGAGAAUAAGAAGAGCAUAAACAGAAUG